AGCGCGUGCAUGUGUGCGCGCGCGCGCGACCGAGCAAUUCCUUCGUGCAUCCUUCUUCUUUCCCUCGCUGGUAUUACCGGCGAGUAAAAAAAGACAAGAAGCUGAGGUGACAAACGGACGUACUCGCGCGUGUACGACAUGUCGGAGCAUCACCGCGUAGCAGCCGGUGGCUGGGGCACGGCGAGCCCGGCAAACCGAGAGGAUGCCAGCGGCGGUGCCGCCUGGUGGCCCUCGGGCCUCAACACUGUCUCAACCGAUCAACAACAGCAGCAACAACAAAAUCUACAUCAACACCUGAUGAACCAGCAGCAGCAACAGCAGCAGCAACUCGCUCAACAGCAACAGCAACCGCAACACCAUCCGGACAUCGUCCGAAGUACCGCCGCCGCCGCCGCCAGCCAGCAGCUCUUCUCCUACAAAAUGGCCUCCAGCUUCCAGAACCCGGCCACCACCGGCACGCAGUCGUCGAGUCCGGUGUCGACGUCCACGCCGGUCUCCGCGCAAUGCAUGAGGGGCAGUUACGAUUACAGGCUCGGCACGGGUCCUGGACAAGGCGGCGGCGGCGGUGGUGGAGGUGGCGGCGGUGGCGGUGCUGGCGGCGGCGGUGGCGUGCCUGCCGGCACACCUUCCGCACCGCCGCCCGGCGUGCAGUGGUGGUAUUCAGGUGGAGUUAUGGACGCCGGACAGAACAACCUGCACCAGCAGUUGCAGAGUCAGCAACAGCAGCAACAACAGCAGCAACAACAGCAGCAACACCUCUCACCCAUUACCACGCAAACGUCCACGCCCCCCGUAAUGUCCCCGCACCAAAUACAGCAGCUACCGCAAAAUAAUCUUCAACAAAAUAACGCUCAGAGUCUGCAGCGGGACAAUAUGCCGAGAGGAAAAGAUUCGAAGCCAAGGGGACGGAUGACAGCAUAUGCGUUCUUCGUCCAGACGUGUCGUCAGGAGCAUAAAAAGAAGCAUCCUGAGGAGAAGAUCGUUUUCCGAGAGUUUUCCAAAAAGUGUGCAAUGAGAUGGAAGACCAUGUCAGACAAAGAGAAGAAACGUUUCCAUGAAAUGGCAGAGAAAGAUAAGAAGAGAUACGACGCAGAGAUGCAAAACUAUACGCCGCCUAAGGGAGAGAAUAAAGGCAGGGGCAAGAAACGCAAACACAUCAAGGAUCACAAUGCUCCCAAGAGAUCGCUAUCCGCCUUUUUCUGGUUCUGCAAUGAUGAACGUGGCAAAGUUAAGAUGCUAAAUCCCGAGUACGGCGUGGGCGAUAUAGCUAAAGAAUUAGGCAAGAAAUGGUCAGAUGCAGAUCCUGAAACCAAAUCUAAAUACGAGGCUAUGGCGGAGAAGGACAAGGCUCGAUAUGAGAGGGAAAUGACCGCGUACAAAAAAAAAAUGCAGGACGGCGCCCCGGUGGUGGGCGGUGCGCCGGCAAAUACUGUAAAAAGCGACAGCGAAGAGGAAUGGAAGGAAGACGACGAAUAGCGGAUGCACGUCGAAAUUUCAUCUAUCACCCCGUGUCCUUCAUCCUGAAAGCAUACCUCACCUACUGUACGUACCAUUGACCUUAGCGUGAGCGUACUUACACCACUAGGAGAACAAAAUAACUAACCACCAAUUCAACCUUACCUACCUUAUCAACCUACCACAAUCUACCAACCAACUACUUACCUACCUACCCAAAACCAAACAACCAACCAUAACCAACGAACCACAUCAACCAACCAAGCCUCCUUUCUCCUAAUCCUACCCUGAUUAUUUACGAUAAUAAUAAAAAAGGUACCCCGCGCGAUUUAUGAUAAUUAUUUUAAAAAAAGAAAAAUAUUGUAUGUGUGAGAGUGCCGCCGCGCGUGCGCGAGUUUGAGCGAGAGGCGAGAGGAUUGUGUGAGUGACAUUUGUACUUUAAAACAUUAUUGAUAGUAAAAAAAUGAUGUAAAGUGGCUAGUAGGAUAGAAGUCGGAAGAAGAAAGAAAGAAAGAAAAAGGAAAAAAAAAGGAAUAUGAAGAAAGGUCGCGGAGAGGAUGAAGAAUGAUAUAUUGCGCCCGCUCUUUCUUUCUGUUCCGUGUGAGAAAGGCGCAAAAAGGGCUCAAUCAUUGUUGACUUUCCGCUCUCUCUCUCUCUCUCUCCGACGCUGUUACUACAAGCUAGCUAAGGCUUAGUUUACCGCUAUUGACGAAACUUGACGAAGACGAUACAGUUUCUUCCGAGCGGCGUUUUAUUAGUGGAACCCGCUGAGAAUUCAUUUUAAUUUUGAUUUAUCGAAUUUUGUUCUCUCAAUACCCCGUACAAGAGAUACAAAUUUUUUCUGAAUAUCAGUAAAUGUAUCAAUAUAUAGUUUAAACGAUGUAUUAUUAUAGUUACAGCAAUACUAUAAUAAUACAUUUAUAUAUGUUGAUAUAUUUAUAAAUAUACAUGGGUAUAUUAUUGUUACGUGCAAGCGCAUUUCCAACGGUGCGAUAUGUAUUAAUAUGCAAAAGCUUUCAUGUGCUAUCGGCGCAUCGAUAUGUUCAGCUUUUGUACUCAAUUGUACUUGGAUUGUAAAAAAAAAUGUUUGAGCGAAAAAGCAAGAUAUAUACAGUGAAAAAUAAUAUAUUUUGAAUAAUAUGUUUAAUUUUUAAUUAAUUCGUCGCUGGUCGUCUUCGUUGUGACACACAUACACAAACUCACAUAUACACAGAUUAUUAUUGUAUAUCCUUGUACAGAGAGCUUUGUCUUUCCUUUCGUACUUUUUAGCGAAUUUGAUCGUGUUGAGCGCGCGUGCCGGGGGCAUGGGGCUGCUUUUUACGUAUGCAAUGAUGUGCGAAUGUAAUUUGUUUCUCGGGUACACGCACGUCGUAGUAAUAAUACUGUAAGUACAUUUAGUAUAAUUAUUAUAAGUGUACGUGUAUUUUCGACGCGGAUUUCUGGAUUUUCCUAUGACUCUCUUAAAGCUUUUUCUUUAGCGUGCGACUAUAUAACUUUUGUUUUUCUGAUCAACACUUGUGUUAUUACGAGCUGUACGAGCCACGUGAUUGAGCCUUAUUACUGAUAGCUGAUAAGCGAUCGCUCGAAUCGAGUCGAGAGAACUGUGUACGAGAGAGAACGAGAGUGAAAGAGAGAGGGAGAGAAUGCGAGAGUGAAAGAGUGAGAGCAAGUGUGUGUGUGUGUAUGCAUGUGUGUAGCUCACAGCUUUUACUAAAUCAAAAUUAGCAAAGCCAUGGAGCAGAGCGAUAUCGCCGAGUUCUUGACACUGACAUGAAAUGACAACUGUUGUACUCACGAAAUUCAGAGGGAUUUCAUUCCUUCACGAUAGACUCACAUGCCAGACACAAGAUUACAGUGUCUAAUUAUAUGAUGUCAGAAAGCGACUGAAAGCACGCAAAUUAAUCCUGCGGUGUACGUCGAAAUAAAUUAAUUUUUCUUUUU